AUGCGCCUCGGAUUCUUAGCGUUGGUGUGUCUGUCUUGUUGUUGGCUUGUCUCGGGCGAGGGUGAAAUAGUGGCUUGUUCCGACACAGUGCCGUUGGUUUUGAGCGCCAUCUUCACUGUCGACGUUAUCCCCAUUCUCUCCACUCAUCUUCCUUCCUUCACAGUUCAUUCCACUCUCCCAAUCCAAAUGCUCCACACUCAUCACCUUCAUCCUAACCUUCUCUUCCUUUCUCCACACUCCCAUUCGUCACCGUUUCCUUUCCCAUCCAGAACCACCACCUUUCACUCUCCAAGAUUCCCCGUUACUUCCAUCACAAGAGGUUCUUCUUCUCUCAGGUUCCGGAACCGUCGCCGCAGUAGCAGCAUCACAAAAUCCACCGCGAAUGGCGGAACGGAGCAUCAGAAGCAACUGAUCAACAGGGCCUAUCCUUUCCACGAAAUCGAGCCCAAGUGGCAGCAUUUUUGGGAGCACAAUCGCACUUUCCGAACCCCCGAUGACGAUAUCGACACUACGAAACCUAAAUACUACGUUCUCGACAUGUUCCCUUACCCUAGUGGAGCUGGACUUCAUGUUGGUCAUCCUCUUGGAUAUACUGCCACAGACAUUCUUGCUAGAUACAAACGGAUGCAGGGGUACAAUGUUCUGCAUCCGAUGGGGUGGGACGCUUUUGGAUUGCCAGCAGAACAAUAUGCGAUUGAGACAGGAACUCACCCCAAGCUCACUACGGUGAGGAAUAUCAGCCGCUUUCGCACUCAGUUAAAAUCAUUAGGAUUUUCAUAUGACUGGGAUCGUGAAAUCUCUACCAUAGAACCUGACUAUUACAAAUGGACUCAAUGGAUCUUUCUACAACUUUUAAAGAGAGGAUUGGCAUAUCAGGCUGAAGUUCCCGUUAAUUGGUGCCCUGCACUUGGCACCGUGUUGGCCAAUGAGGAGGUGAUUGAUGGUGUCAGUGAGCGGGGUGGUCAUCCUGUAAUAAGAAAGCAGCCAAUGAGGCAAUGGAUGCUCAAGAUUACUGCAUAUGCUGACCGCCUUCUAGAGGAUUUAGAUGACCUUGACUGGCCUGAAAGUGUAAAAGAAAUGCAGAGAAAUUGGAUUGGGAGGUCAGAAGGGGCUGAGAUGGAAUUUUGCAUUCUUGAUAGUGAUGGAAAGGAGAGAGACAUAAAAAUUACUGUGUAUACUACAAGGCCUGAUACGAUUUUCGGUGCAACCUACUUAGUUGUGGCACCAGAGCAUUCCUUGCUGUCGUCAUUGGUUUCCAUUGCCCAGAGCAAACAUGUUGAGGAUUAUGUAGACCUUGCCUCAAAAAAGAGUGAACUUGAGAGGACUGAACUUCAGAAAGAAAAGACUGGGGUCUUCACUGGGUGUUAUGCAAAAAACCCAGCGAAUGGGGAAGCUAUUUCGAUAUGGGUGGCGGACUAUGUUUUGGGGAGGUGGGUGUUUUUAGUGGUUGUUGAAUAUGCCAUGGGCAUAAGAUCUAGGGUUUAUGGAACAGGGUCUAUCAUGGCUGUGCCUGCACAUGAUUCUCGUGAUUAUGAUUUUGCUUCGAGAUAUGAUGUUCCAAUUCGCUGGGUUGUUGAGCCAGAUGGUAAAAGCGUUGAGUCUGCAAAGGCUUUUUCAGGUGAAGGCAUUAUUGUAAAUUCAUCGAAUACACUGGUUGGGCUUGAGAUUAACGGCUUGUCCAGCAAAAAAGCUGCUUUGAAAGUCAUUGAAUGGGCUGAAAAAACUGGGAAUGGAAAGAGAAAGGUGAACUUCAAGUUAAGGGACUGGCUUUUUGCUAGGCAGCGUUACUGGGGUGAACCUAUCCCUGUCAUCUUCAUGGAUGAUAGUGGUGAGACUGUUCCAUUGUGUGAGACUGAACUGCCGCUUAUUCUUCCUGAAUUGGAUGAUUUUUCUCCCACUGGAACAGGCGAGCCCCCUCUGUCUAAGGCAGUGUCUUGGGUGAGGACUGCUGAUAGCUUAUCUGGAAGACCAGCUACUCGGGAAACAAACACCAUGCCACAGUGGGCUGGUUCAUGCUGGUACUAUUUGAGAUUUAUGGACCCACAUAAUUCUAAGGAAUUGGUUGAUAAAACUAAAGAAAGGUAUUGGGGCCCUGUUGAUGUAUAUAUUGGGGGUGCUGAGCAUGCAGUUCUCCAUUUACUGUAUGCUAGAUUCUGGCACAAGGUUCUCUUUGACAUUGGUGUUGUAUCCACCAAGGAGCCCUUCCAAUGUGUCAUAAACCAGGGGAUUAUUCUUGGGGAGGUAGUUUCAAUUAUUUCUGCUUGA